GGCGGCUCCGGAGCUCCGCGGUGCGGCCUUCUCCGCCCCCUCCCUCCCUCCUCCCCCGCCCGCUUCCGCCCGGCUUAUUAUCCUCCUUAUUGACAAACAGAGCGGCCGCGGCGGCGACUCUAGUCGCGCAUUGGUAGCCAAGCCAUGGGAGACAAGAAGAGCCCCACCAGGCCGAAGCGGCAGCCGAAGCCGUCCUCGGAUGAGGGUUACUGGGACUGUAGCGUCUGCACCUUCCGGAACAGCGCCGAGGCCUUCAAGUGCAUGAUGUGCGAUGUGCGGAAGGGCACCUCCACCCGAUCCACAUUCUUUGAAGUUAUUGUGAAUGCCUCGAGGACCAAGGAACUGUUGAAAUUUCCAAUUUCAGGAAGGAAGCCUCGACCUGUCUCCCAGUUGGUUGCACAGCAGGUUACUCAGCAGUUUGUGCCCCCUACACAGUCAAAGAAAGAGAAAAAAGAUAAAGUAGAAAAAGAAAAAAGUGAAAAGGAAACAACUAGCAAAAAGAACAGUCAUAAGAAAACCAGGCCAAGAUUGAAAAAUGUGGAUCGGAGUAGUGCUCAGCAUUUGGAAGUUACCGUUGGAGAUCUGACAGUCAUUAUUACAGACUUUAAGGAGAAAACAAAGUCACCACCUGCAUCUAGUGCUGCUUCUGCAGAUCAACACAGUCAGAGCGGCUCUAGCUCUGAUAACACAGAGAGGGGAAUGUCUCGGUCAUCUUCACCCAGAGGAGAAGCCUCAUCACUGAAUGGAGAAUCUCAUUAAAGUUUAUUUUCUCCAAUUUCUUAGUCACUUCUGUCCUACCAUACAAAUACACAGAUUAUUCCAAGAAGUACCACAUUUUCAUGACAAACACAUUCAUGCACAAUACGUAAUUUGAGUUUUACAUAAAAUAGGAAUUUGUUAGAAUUUGUUAGAUUUUAUUGCAAUCUAUGCCUACCAAACAUUUCUGGACUUUACAUUUUGGUCUCUGCAGUUUAAGUGCCAUGAAAUUGUGGUUGAAUUAUUCAUUAUGCAGUGUUAUUGGUAAGUCUAUUUUCACUUUUAGUUUAGUGAAUUCUAACACAUAAUUCUUGAAUUCUGUACUAUUGGCAUGUAAUGAGUUUAAAUUUUUUAUAACAUAGUGCAAGCUGCCUAAAUAUGUAUUAAUUGAGAAUUGUGAAACAAAUAGUUAUAUGUAUACAAUUCAGAGAUCAACCUAAUCAACUAUUGCUGCAACAGGAUUUUCUUAAUGGUUAUCCUCUUAAAUACACCUGCUGGUACUUGGUGUGGUUAAAUAGGAAAAUUGUUAUUAAAUAAAGAAUUUGUAUGAGCUUUUGCCCAUGUUUUUGACACAUUUUACUAAAUUAUUGUUCCUGAAUUAUGUUUCUGGUUUUAUCCAUUUUUCUUU